AUCAAGUGCGCGAUCGUGUAUGAAAUUAGCGAGUCACAGGCGGGACGUGAGCACGCGCGAGGAAAAAUGUCAGACGUUUGAACGGGAGCUGUCACGAUUUUAGACAUUCGCGUAAUUUCGCGAUCGAAGGGCGGGAGGGGACACGCGUCAAAAGAGAGAGAGAGAGAGAGAGGGAUAGAGAAAAAGAGCGAGAGAAAGAGAGAGAUAUGUAAGAGGUUAUUCGAUUCACUCGUCCAAUUUGUCGCGUUUCCUGACGACGAAAUCGCGAGAAAAAUGUCGCCGUUUCGCCGAAAUGUUGUACGAAAUCAACGCCAGCUCUGAUCUUUCGCGACGAGCGAUCGGCAACACGUCCUUCGCGAUGCCGUUUCGCAGGAAGAAGUCGGGAAGGUCCUUCCCCGUCAAGGUCUGCACCCUGGACGCGGAGCUCGAGUUCAACUUGGAAUGGAGGUCGACAGGCAGAGAUUUAUUCGACCUGGUGUGCCGCACAAUAGGAUUGAGAGAGACAUGGUACUUUGGACUCCAGUACGAAGACUCGAAGGGUUUCAUCUCCUGGCUAAAACUAGACAAGAAAGUACAGGAUCAGGGCAUCUCCCAGCAGCCAACGACACCGUUCAUGUUUCUGGCAAAAUUUUAUCCUGAGGAUGUGGCCGAAGAGCUUGUGCAAGAGGUCACUCAACAUUUUUUCUUACAAGUGAAACAGGCUAUUUUAUCGAUGGACAUUUAUUGCCCGCCUGAGGCUUCUGUGUUACUUGCUUCCUAUGCUGUCCAAGCAAAGUAUGGUGAUUACGAUGAAGUUUCAUAUCGCCCUGGAAUGCUUGCCAGCGAAGAUUUGCUUCCUCAGAGAGUUAUAGAUCAAUACCAAAUGACUCCAGAAAUGUGGGAGGACAGGAUAAAGAUUUGGUACGCCGAUCAUCGUGGCAUGUCUCGGGAUGAAGCCGAAAUGGAAUAUCUUAAGAUUACUCAGGAUCUCGAUAUGUAUGGUGUAAACUAUUUUCCUAUUAGUAAUAAGAAGGAAACAGAUCUUUGGCUUGGAGUAACAGCAUUGGGAUUGAACAUCUACGAAAAGGAAAACAAACUAGCGCCGAAGACUACGUUUCAAUGGUCGGAAAUCCGUCACAUCAGUUUCGACGACAAGAAGUUUGUUAUCAAAACUGUGGAGAAAACGUCACCAAACUUCGUGUUCUUCUCGCAGAAAGUUCGCAUGAACAAAUUGAUCCUGGACCUGUGUAUUGGCAACCACGAUCUGUAUAUGAGGAGGCGCAAACCAGACUCCAUGGAGGUUCAACAGAUGAAAGCGCAGGCCAAGGAAGAAAAAUCCAGGAGGCAAAUUGAGAGAAACAAAUUAGCACGAGAAAAACAAUUAAGAGAAACGGCAGAAAGGGAAAAGAUUGCAAUGGAGCAUCGACUCUUACAAUAUCAAGAGGAAAUACGACUUGCAAAUGAAGCUCUUAGAAGAUCCGAAGAGACUGCAGAUCUUUUAGCUGAGAAAAGUCGCGUAGCCGAAGAAGAAGCGAUGCUUUUAGGUCAGAAAGCAUCGGAAGCCGAACAAGAGAUUACGCGCAUACGGCUGAACAAUAUGAAGACUGAAGAAGAAAAGGUUCACUUGGAACGGAAGACUAGAGAGGCUGAAUUAUUAACGGAAAGACUGGUCCAGGAGUCAGAGCGCAGAGCUGCUGAAGCGGAAAGGUUAAAGGACGAGCUAUUACGCGCAAGAGUAGCCGAGAAAGAAGCUAAAGAAAAGCUAUUAGAGUUUCUCAGCAGAAACGCCUACAUACCCAAUACCAUAACUCCUGUGCCAAAUCUAUUUCCCUCGACGCAAGUGCUUCCAUCAGAUCUGCAAGCGGAUCUUCAAACUCUGCAGCUGGACGCAGAACCUUUGCCACCUGAUUUAACAUCUUACGAUCUUAUUGGUGACGGAGAUGUCGACCAACUUUCAUUAGAGAUUGAAAAGGAACGGAGCGAUUAUUGGGAGAAAAGUAAAAACUUGCAGGAACAACUGCGGGAGUUACGUUCCGAAAUUGAAGUUCUGAAAGUCGGUGAAAAGCAGUGCGAAUUAGAUCAACUCCACGAGGAGCAGGUGCGACUCGGUGAGAACAAGUACAGCACGCUGAAAAAGGUGAAGUCGGGAUCUACUAAAGCUAGAGUCGCCUUCUUUGAAGAAUUGUAGUUGUUGAAAAGCGGAUGUUGAUAGAUAUGUGGUGCUAGGAAUUGAAUUUUAAAAAUAAGACUAUAAAAUACGUACAUAUGUAAUACUCAAGAUAUGAUAUAUCACAGAGUGUUCCAUCACCAUUUUGCAUCGGAUUAUACUGCCAGAUUUCUCAACGAAUUUAGAAUUGUUAAUUUUUACAAGUAAAAACUUGAAGAAAAUUUUAUUAAUAUAAAAAUUAAUUAUGAAAUUGUAUGUUACAAAUAUAACAUUCCAUUACAACCACAUUAACGAAAAAAAUAUUGGGCGCGAGUGAUAGAAAUCUAACUCAAUUUUUAAUGUGUUGAUCACUAAGUCAUUUUAGAUCUUAUACAUUAAUUCUUGAUUCCUUCACUCAAAAAGAUACUGCGCCUCUAUUUCGAUUUUUUUAAGUGUUACAAUGACAAAAUUUAUUUUAAAUUAUUUUGGUUUAGUAUAACAAUGGAACGCUCUGUAUAUGCAGGAUAUGUACAUUUUAUACUAUUAUGACACAAUUUGUUAGAUAAAUUUGCAUGCAUAUAAAUAUUCAGUUGAUUUGCAUAUGAAUGUAUAUUUGCAUGUUUACGAACAAAUCAAAAUAAAUUUGCUAUUUUCGUAUAUUUCCCACAUUAAAACAGAUUUAUAUAUACACAUAUUUAUUUUACUGUGUAUUAUAAAUUCCAAUAGACAUGUUAUGAUAUCCAUGUACCUAUAUAUACAUGUAUUGUGCCCUUUUAUUAACAAAUUAAUUGCCACAUCAAUCAUAAGUGCCUAAACGCACAAAUUUAUGCUUCAUUGUAUAACUGAAAAAUUAAUCUAUCUUUGACAUCUCAUCUCUUGACAAUCAAUAUAUUUUUUUACAUGUAUUGUUAUUGUUGUACAUUUUUCAUUCAACUUACUGUGUGAAAAAAUAUCAGGUAACUAUAUUUAAAUCUUUGAAGAUUUAACAUGUUAAAUAUGCAUAUAACUCUUAUGUUUGUUGAGAGACACACAAUAAUAUAAAGUAUCAGAAAUUAUUAUAUAUAUUUGAUCAUAGCUUAUGUGCUUUCAAAUGAUAAGUUUGUCUAUAGGAAUUAAGCCAUUAAAAUGCUUAACAAAAACUGGCAUAAUUAUAUGCUUGCAUAUUUAACUUAUAAAACCAAUAUAAACAUGAUUAGAUAUAUUUAUCAUCUGUUUUAAACACUUAUAUAAUUAUUUUUUAUACAGGCUGUACAUCGAAUAUACAAUGUUUCAUAUAUAACUAUAAACAUAAUGAAUAUACAUAACACAGAUAAAACACUUCUAUGUAUACAUAUGUAAGAAAUUCCUUUGUGGAAUUGUUUCUUUUUUUCACUUUGUCCAAGUCAAACCCACAUAUUAUCUGUGAUUCAUAUAUACAUUGUUAAAUAUGUAACUUAAGCAUUGACAUACUCUAUUUUCGAGAUAUUUGCGAAUAUCAGGUAGAAGUUAAAAUUUAAAUAAACUUUGACUGCCCGAGUUAAUCGAAUUAUGCAACAUCUUAAAGUUAUCGAGUCGUGUCCAAGUACACAAAUCAAAUUAAUAAUGUGAGCGUUGUAAAUAUUACAUAUACUGCAUACAUUGGAUUUGCAAUCAAACACAAUAUGAAUUAAUAUUGUAUACAGCAUAAGAAAAUAUUGUAUCUGUAAAUAUUAUAAUUUUGGACUUCCUGCUCAGCUAUUAAUCAGUUUUGAAAUUUACAUUUAUUAUUCAAUUUUCCUUAUUUUAAACUUAAAAUUUUAAACUAGGAAAAAUAGUAAUAAAUAAUUGAUACUUUUUAAAACGCUCAGUAUUUUCUAGAUGUGAUUAUUAUAAUAAAUUAAUGCCUGAGUCAUACAAUAUUACAUACUUUUAUCAAUAUACAAUGACAUAACAAUUAUUGAUACCAGUGUAUCUAUCAAGACAUAAAUAUUUCAUUAUAUUUUUGGAUGCAAUAUUUAUAUUAGUAAUUUAAAUAAAUUUUUUAAAUUGAAAUUUAUAUAAAUAUAAAGAGGAAUUGACAUUUCAAUGCACAUAGAAACAAAAUUAUUCAAAGCUAUUAGAAGCUAUUAUAUAUUUUUAAGAAAAAAAUGUGCCUUAUUAUGUUAUAUCUAUCUUAGAUAGCGGUUUCAAUUUUUUAGAUAGUGUAAUACUCUCUGAUUUGUACAUAGUACAUAGUAUACAAUGAUCAUUCUAAGGAUUUUAGCUAUAUUAGGAACUAGAUAAAAGAACACAACGCACAUUAACACAUCUAAAUUAUGUAUAAAAAAUGUUUGGAAUGUUUAUAUUCAUUACUCUCCGACUCGUAUAUUUUAUUGUGUCGUUAUUUUGUUGUAACUCUGCAAUAAUGAUCUAACUAAAGAUCUACUUUAUCUUAUAUUUAAGCUAUUACUUUAUCUUAUAUUUAAACUUGUAAAAAUUAUAUUAUAAGUAUAUAUAUUAGUAAUCAAUUAGAAGUACCUUGCCAUUUAAUAUGCUGCAAAAUGUCAUAGAAAAAUAAAACCUGUUAUUUUGAGAAAAAAAUUAACUUCUCUUCCUACUAAUAUAUAUAUACAAUAAUUCAAUAUAUCACGCGUGCAAAUAAUUUUCGGAAACGAUAUGUUAUAUGAUUAUGGCCGAUCGGCGGUUUAUUUUCCGACACUUUUCAUCUUUGAAUAUAUAUAUAUAUAAUACAUUAUAUUAUAACAAA